AUUGCGCUCAAUGAACUCAAUCACUCAAUAUAACCAUGUUUCAAGUUGCCGCAGCGGCCACUGGCCAGCAUAAAAACUUGGAUGAAAACAGCUACUCGUAUCGUCCCUCGUUAUGGAUUCCUCAUCAUACACAUACAACCCGUCCUUUGUUGACCGCAUCCUGGUCAAGUCCUUCAAGGUUGUCAACAACUUCAUUCCAUGGUAUAACCUUCCGGGUCUCAUUGGCGCCCUCAACUUGGAUGCUCUGCGUGUCGAAUUGCGACAGUACAACCUCCACGACGGAUAUGCUUCACCCGCUGCUCAAGGGAUUUCCAGUGACCCACCUCUUACGGAUGAGAACUUCCUCUCUGCCCGUAACUCAGAUGGCCUGUUCAAUUCCCUAGAACAACCGCGUAUGGGCAGCAGAUGUAUGCGCUUCGGACGCAACUUUCCUCGACAGUAUACCCCGAAACCGACCGAAGAAGAACUCUGGACGCCAAAUCCAAGAAUGCUUAGCGAGCGCAUCCUAGCCAGGCGACCAGGCGGCUUCAAACCCGCAACUACUCUUAAUCUCCUCGCGGCGGCGUGGAUUCAAUUCCAGAUUCAUGACUGGUUCAACCACAUAGAUAGCGACGAUUCCUUUGACAUCCCACUUCCUCCAGGUGACAAAUGGCCCCAUGGCCAUAUGCGGUUGCCUCGAACCAAGCCGGAUGAGAUUUUGGACCCAUCUGAUAUCAAAUGUCCCGGAUACAAGAAUAUGUGUACCGCUUGGUGGGAUGGCUCACAGAUUUACGGUUCGAGCGAGGAGGUAACAAGGAGAUUGAGAACACAAGAUCCCGAUGGCAAGUUGAGAUUGGUUCCCGGCACAAACGGUGAAGGACUUUUUCUCCCCCACGACCACUUCGGAGAGGUUGAGACCGCCCCGGGGUUUGCGAACAACUGGUGGACUGGAGUCGAAAUGUUACAGACACUUUUCGCACUAGAGCAUAACGCUAUUUGCGACAUGCUCCGUAAGUCGUACCCUCAUUGGACUGGAGAUCGAAUCUUCGAUAAGGCCCGUUUGGUCAAUGCUGCCCUGAUGGCCAAAAUACAUACUAUCGAAUGGACGCCCGCCAUUUUAGCUCAUCCCGCCCUUAAAAUCGGCAUGAAUGCGAAUUGGUGGGGACUUGCGGGAGAGACCCUGACCAAAUUGGUUGGAAGGAUCUCGAAAACCAGCGAGGCUAUUUCUGGCAUCCCUGGUUCCACAGUCGUACAAUUCACCGCCCCAUAUUCUCUCACCGAGGAGUUCGUAUCAGUGUAUAGGAUGCACGCCCUGGUUCCUGAUAGCAUUGCCUUCUUCGAGGCAGGAAAGGGAAAACACCAUGAGAGCAUUCCGACGGGAGACUUGACCUUCAAGAACGCUCGAAAGCCAUUUGACGACGGUCUAACACUGGGUGAUGCCUUCUAUUCGUUUGGAAUUAAUUAUCCUGGUGCUAUCACCAACAAGAACUACCCCGAAUUCCUGCGUAACCUCCAAACGCCUGACGGCGUCCGUCGCGAUCUGGCCACUAUAGACAUCCUUCGCGAUCGUGAACGUGGCGUUCCCCGCUACACCGAGUUCCGCCGCCUCCUUCGCAUGUCAGUCCCUAAAACAUUCGAAGAAAUCACGGGUGGUGAUAAAGAGCUCGCGAACGAACUGUCCGACAUUUACGAUGGCAAGAUCGAUCUAGUUGAUGCCCUUGUCGGCUCCCAAUGCGAGCCUCUCAUUAAAGGUUUCGGUUUUAGCGAGACCGCGUUCCGGAUUUUUAUUUUGAUGGCAAGUCGGAGGCUCAAGAGUGACAGGUUCAUCGCGGGACAAUGGGAUGAGGAGACGUAUAGUAAGGAAGGACUUCAUUGGGUGCAGAAUACCGGGAUGAAGGAUGUAUUGGUGCGGCAUUUCCCAGAGUUGGAAGGUGUGUUGAAGAAGAGCAAGAAUGUCUUUGCUCCAUGGGAUAAGCUACCGGCGAGUGAGAAGUACACUGGAGUAGAGACGAACGCCUGAGGACCAUGAAACGAAUUUCCAUAUCAUCUUUUGAAUACUACUCGGACAGCCUAAUGUGUAGCUUAUUUCCCCGGGCCCGCUCUCAUGUACAUAUCCGCAUUCAUACUCUAAACUCGGGAACGGGCGC